AUGUCGUGCAAAACUAUCUUCCUGUCGUUGUGUGUGGCGUUGAUCGCAUUUAAUGCCGUCCAAGGUGGAGGUUUUAAUGCUAAACGGUACGUCGUUAUCGCGAAGAGCGUUGACUUUUUCGAAGCAUGGCAUGAGUGCAAUUCCAUCGAAGGAUAUUUAGCUCCUGUUGAGUCGCUGGAUGAUCAAAACCGCUUAGAGCUUGCACUGGCCAAUUCCAACAACCCUGACGGCAUUUACUACAUCGGAGGCACUGAAAUUGGUCGGAAAGCUCGCUGGAUGUGGAUCGCCCUUAACCAGAAGAUUUCGGAUAAAGGCUUCACAAACUUUUACCCCGGAGAGCCCAACAAUCUUGGUGGACGCCAGGGAUGUUUGACGGUUGGCAACUGGAAAGGUGAACAGCAGCGUGGUAAAUGGGACGAUUCGGAGUGUGAUAAGAAACUCGAUGGAUUUGUUUGUGCAUACCCAUCCUGUGGAUAG